GAGCAUACGUUUCAACCAUUUGAUUCAUUUGCAUAGAGAAAGGAAAUUAAACUCCUCGCGUUUCUCAUGAACUGUGGUGUCGUAUUGGGGUUCUAUUGCUGGGGCUGGGAGUUCUUAACUGCCCUUCUUCUUUUCUCCUCAAAUUAAUCUUCUUCUUCUUCAUUUCCUUUAUUCAUCUUUUUUUUUUUUUUUUUUUUUUUUUUUUUUUAUCUUCGUGUUUUUUCUUGUUUUCUCUUGGUUUUUUUAAUGGUUUUUAUGAGGUCUGCAAGUAUGAUCAGUGACAAAAGUUUAUUAGAAUACGUUAGAAAAUCAUCACCUCCUCCGUUUCUGUUGAAAACCUACAUGCUGAUCGAGGAUCCGGCGACCGACGACGUGGUGUCGUGGAACGGUGACGGAACCGGGUUCGUGGUUUGGCAACCGGCGGAGUUCGCUCGGGAUCUUCUGCCGACACUCUUCAAACACAGCAACUUCUCUAGCUUCGUUCGCCAACUCAACACUUACGGAUUUCGCAAAGUUGCAACAGGCAGAUGGGAGUUCUGCAACGACAUGUUUCGAAAGGGAGAAAGAGAGCUACUAUGCAACAUCCGCCGAAGAAAAGCAUGGACAAACAAGCAACAAAAUGGCGCGGCACCAAUUCAAGGCGUCGGCAAUAUAGCGCAAGAUCAAACGUCUGAUGAAGAUCAAGAUCAACGAUCAUCGUCCACCAAUUCUUCGUCAUCCGGGUACAGUUCCCUAAUGGAUGAAAACAGACGUCUGAAAAAGGAGAACGGGGUGUUAAACUCGGAGCUUGGAAGCAUGAAAAGGAAGUGCAAGGAGCUGCUGGAUUUGGUGGCGAAGUAUGCAAAAUUGGAGAAAGAAGAAGAAGACGAGAGACCGAAGUUGUUUGGAGUGAGAUUAGAAGUUGAAGGAGAAAGGGAGAGGAAGAGAAAGAGAUCAGAGAUUAGAGAAAGCGCAAGCAUUUUACUAUCUCAAUCAUGCAAAUAAAUGUCAAAUUAAUAAUAGCUAAUAUAAGGGAAGUGAUAAUGAGCCACUUAAUUAAUUAAGAAGUAACUCAUGAUCAUCAAUUAAUUACAAUACAAUAAUAUUCUGUGUUUUAAGUUUUCUUCUUUU